AUGCCUGCGACCAAGCGCCGUCGCGUGGAGGAUGGGACCACAGUCCUAGCCGUAACCGAGAAUGAAGUUAUCAGCGACUUCCAAACCCCCAUUGUCUCCCUCUAUGUAGGAAACCAGGAUACGCCCUUCCUCGUCCAUCAUGGUAUUAUCUCUAGGGAAUCACCGCACCUUCAAAGGGCCGUGGAGGGUGAUUUCAAAGAGGGGACAGAAAAGAGGAUCGACAUGGCGUCGGAUGAUCCUGAAGCUAUGAAACACGUGAUUGAUUGGAUGUACACUCACCGCUUCUCAUGGCCCGCCGAACCCUACGCUCGAAUUAUGGUUGCCGUGAAAGUCUUUGUGCUGGCUGACUUCCUGUUGAUGAAGACCCCGCUCGCAGAGAUAAAGGAGGUUAUCAAAGUCUCAUUCUGGGACCUCGAUGGCUCGCGCGAGACUAUACCCAUCUUUCCGGACGCGGCCUACCAGACGCCAUUGUCCGAAACUCUGCUUCAGGCGUUUGCGAGAUACAUUCGCAAGUAUCCUGACAUAAAAGACUCCGUGCUGGACACCUUUCAAGACCUCCGCUUCGUCAGGAAUAUGGCGUCUGUCUUUGCCGCCGGCAAGACUCCAGAGGAGGACAGCAAAUAUCUUUGGCGCUCAAUACGCUAG